AUGUUUUACCUUUAUCAAUUCCAAAGAUUGGAAUCAAAUUCCACAUUAAAAUGAUGUUAAUGGGUUCUGAUUAUUUUCAACAACAAGAUGGAGUUCAAACAUUUUAGCCACGAACAUCCUCUAACCCUUAACGAAGGAAAAGGAUGGCACGCCUUGACAGAAAUCAUAGAUCCUAAACAAACCUGCAAAGGCUGUGGAGAAUCAAUUCUACCCUACCUACCAUUCUACCUCUGCCAUGAUUGCAACUACUUUCUCCAUCAAAGAUGUGCCCAUCUCCCACUCCAAACCAUCUACCCACUUCACCAUCAAGACCACCGCCUCACCCUUCUCUCCCGUCCUCCUUCUCGCCAUUCUCGCCGCACCAACUGCAACGCCUGUAACAGAUCCGACUGGCAACACUUCACCUACCAUUGUCCCCCCUGCAAUUUCAACAUAGACAUUGAAUGCGCCAUUAGAGCCACCACCCGUGUCCAACAUAAAUGUCACAAACACCCGUUAAUUCCUCUACAGAGUCCUGCCAAAUUCCAUUGUGAUGCUUGCAAAAGUAGCGAAUUCGAAGGCCCAUCCUACUUGUGUACCAUAUGCCAGUUCUGGGUUCAUCAAGUUUGCGCAGAUUGGCUUCCGACAACACUUAAAUACCAACAUCAGAGUAGCAUUGGAGGCAGAAACGCUCAUGAUCAUCCUUUAAUCCUCUCAUACACAUUCCCACGAACCUUUCAUAAAUUCGUCGCCUUCUGCGAGAUUUGUUUUGAGAAAUUGAGUCGACCCGACUGGGUUUAUUACUGCCCUGAUUGCAGAUAUUUCGCACAUCCGAGUUGCUGCAUUCCAAUAAUCUCAAGAAAUACCAUUAAAGAGGAGAAACCAGCUUUACCGGCCAUCGUUGAGAAAGAAACCCAUUUGAUUGAUUCGAAUAAUUCAAUCGUCCGCCUUCCAUUCAUUGAAGAAUUCAGAGAUCCGAUUGCCGUAUUUAUACAGAGUAUAAGCUUAGGUGAUCAUGAUCACGAUCACGAAUCUAUCAAACACCCAUCUCAUGGGCAUCAAUUAUCCCUAACUAACAUUGAAAGAGAAGACGACGAUCAUAUCUUGGAUGAGAGAAUGAACGACAACAAUGAAGUAUGUAAAGGAUGUUACAGUCCGAUAUAUUCAACAUCAUUCUACAAAUGCAACGAAGACCCAAACUGUAAUUUCCUUCUUCACAAAUGGUGCUCGAAAUUACCUAAACAGAUCAUCGAUCACCCCUGUCAUCCACAACACCCUUUAAUCCUCACCACAGAUAUUUACGGUAUGAUCAGAUGCAACGGCUGCAAGAAACUCUGCCUCGGAUUUACAUUCAGUUGCGAAUCUUGCCAAUUCCACCUCGACGUUGGCUGUGCUUCACUACCCCGAUUCAUUAUUCACGAUCUACACGAUCACUCCAAACUCACCCUAAAAGAAUAUAAGUCAACUGACGGGUUUCGAUGCAACGGAUGUAAUUACCUUCUAUGUGGGAUGGCUUUCGCCUGCGAAGUUUGCAACAAUUUCAAAGUCGAUAAAGAAUGUGUUUUGCUGUCGCGUGCUAUACGCCAUCGGUACGAUGAGAAACACCCUUAUAAGCUAAUGUAUUCGCCAGUUCCAGGGAUAGAAGAAUAUCUAUGCGAGAUUUGCGAAAAAGCCAUAAAUCCAAGACAAUGUUUUUAUUGCUGUGGUUUAUGUGAUCAAGCUAUUCAUCCGAAUUGUGUUCUUCCUUUUGGACGUGCGAUUUCGGCUUAUAACCCGGGAAUGUUCUUGAUUACGCCGCAUCACCCGCAUCGAAUUCCGAUGAGGGAAUCUAUAGAGACGCAUGGAGCGACUUGCGAUUGCUGUGGGGAGGGUUUUUUUGCGGGGAAAAUGUCGGGAUUCGAAUGCAUUUUGUGUUCGUUUAAGAUUCAUAUGGAAUGUGUAGACACACCUCAGUUGGUGAAACUCAGAUGCGAUGAGCAUAGCCUUCGUUUGAUCUAUCCUGCAUCUUCAUCGUCGAUUGAAUCAGGCAUUGGGGAUUGUAAAGUCUGUCAACGAGAGAUUGAUAGAAAUAUUUGGUUCUUUCAUUGCAGUCAAUGUGACGUGUCAGUUCAUCGUCUAUGUGUAUAAUUAAUUACAAUAUUGCCAUAAUUCAAAAUU